CAAGGAGACUAUAUAGAGCUUCACCAAAAGAGAUUUGGUAGAAGAUUCGAUCAUUAUGAAAAGCUACGUAAGAAGACCUCUCGUGAGGUACAUAAGAAGUCUGCUUUGGCUCAAAAGAUAUAUGGUAUCAAGGCUAAGCUGUUGAAUAAGAAGCGUUACUCUGAGAAGGCAGAGAUGAAGAGAACGAUCGCUAUGCAUCAGGAGAGGACAAACAAGAAGAAGGCCGACGAUAAUGUUAAGGAGGGCGCCGUGCCAUCCUAUCUGUUGGACAGAGAGGGUGUGUCCAGAGCCAAGGUGCUGUCCAACAUGGUCAAGCAGAAGAGAAAGGAGAAGGCGGGCAAGUGGAGCGUGCCUCUGCCCAAGGUGCGAGCGAUCAGUGAGGACGAGAUGUUCAAGGUGGUCAAGACAGGCAAGCGACAAAAGAAGGCGUGGAAGCGUAUGGUCACCAAGGUGACCUUUGUCGGCGAGGGAUUCACCCGUAAGCCGCCCAAGUACGAGCGUUUCAUCAGACCCACCGGUCUGCGUUUCAAGAAGGCACACGUCACACAUCCAGAGCUCAAGAGUACAUUCUAUCUCGACAUCCUCGCUGUAAAGAAGAAUCCACAGUCGCCAACCUAUACCCAACUAGGUGUCAUAACAAAAGGAACGAUCUUAGAGGUCAAUGUAAGUGAUUUAGGUUUAGUUACACAGUCUGGAAAGGUAGUCUGGGGCAAGUUCGCUCAGGUCACCAACAACCCAGAGAAUGACGGCUGUAUCAAUGCUGUUCUGCUAGUCUAG